AUCGAACUGCAACUAUAAAUUUGAAUUGACAUGCCCUUGCCCCGCCGAUUUGUAUGCCCUCCACUUUCCGCCCUUUCUUUCACUCUGAUAGCAGCUACUGCGGUUGCUGGAAUAAAAUUCGCUCCAGAUAUCGUAAGGAUUGCAAAUGAAAUAAAGCAUCGGUUAGAUCUCCAUUGGAAUCGAGAUCUAAGCGCCUUCUAACCGAUCAAAUGAAGCUUAAUAUUAACAAGGUCACCGAUCUGAGUUCCAUCUCAGUGCUUCCGCCUCACUCCAGGUUCAGAUCGUAAUCCUUAUGAGACUGAACACGAUGAACUCAGGAGUGGAUGCAUACGGGUUGGGGAGAAAUCAAGCGUCGCAGCUCCGAUCUCAAUCUCAGCAGUCAUUUUCUCAGGGGCUUUCUCAGUCUCAGAUCUCUCAGAGCUCCUUCGAGAACUUCGGGAGCGAUCAGAAAAUUGAUUCUCAAGAAAAAGAGAAGCCAUCAAAAAGGAUAUCUUCAUUAGCUCCCAUAAUGCCACUACGAGAUGAUUCUCAGAUGCAGCUGUCAGGGGCAUCCAGCAAUGCCAUGCGACGUUGGAGUUGUGCCACUGUUCCAGAUAAUAAAUGUCAUGUUAGUGAAGAGCUUGAACACAGAUUACGGCUCCUGGAAAGUUCACUGAGUAAACUGGGCAUGAUCCUAGACUCCCUUCAAAGCGAUGUCAUGCAAGUGAACAGAGCUGUCAAAGAAGUGUCUUUAGAGAUGGAAGGGAUACGACAGAAGGCAAAUCUUCUUGAUAGUUCAACACAGCAAGUGCUGAAGGAAGAGGAGGAUAUCAAAGCACGUCUUGAUAGAAGCAUGAAAGUCAUUUCUGAUGAAAUGAUGAAGAAAACUGAUUUUAAUAGACUAAAUGAGACUGCAUCUUCAAUUCCAUCAUUUACGAAGGAAAUAGAAGCACAUCUACUGGGAUUUCGGAGUGAAAUUUGUUUUAUCAUCUCAAAAAACAUGGAGGUUUUAACAAAGAAUAUGAAGUCUGUUUUCAACAAUUUGCCAGAUGCAAUUUUGUCGAGAGAGGCUAAAAGUUGUAUUACAGCUCGAAGACAUGAACGCAACCAAAUAUCAAAAACCGAAAUGCCAGUAUAUUCUUCAUUCGGCCAUAUGAGAAGGGAAGCUGUUUUAAAGAAUGACGAACCUCUAAAGUUCUUAAAACCAAAAAUGACAAAUUCUAGUAAAUACGCAAUGGUUAAGCAUGAAGAAAUUCCAAUGGCACUGCAGGAGCAGAUACUCAUUGAGUCAGAUGAGGAGAGUGAUAGAAGUCCUUCCUGCAUCUUAGUGAAGAAAGAAACCGGUGUUCUUACAGGUAAGGAGUGUCAAUUGGAAAGGGAAGCUAGAGAAGAAUCUAUGCGCAUUCUAAUGAAAGCGAGGAAGAGAAAGAGAAGGCCAAGUUGUUACAUGAAUAUACUUUAAGGCCAAGUUGGCUAAUACACAUUCAUUCUCUUAGUUCACUACCCAAAAUCUUUAAGGGAUUUAUCCUGCUUCGUGAAGGAAAUGUAUGCCAUAUUUUCCAAACUAUCGAGGUAAAUAUCCUUUCAAUAAACAUCCUCUUACUCAAUCCUGUUAGUUGCUACGUGUUUUGAUUUCUUGUUUCAGGAUGACUGACCUUUUAAUUUCAUAUAUGUGUUUCCA